AUGUGGACAAAACUAAGCAACAUCCAUGAACAGAAAACAGCUUCCAACAAGUUCCUUCUUAUGCAAAACUUCCACGAAUAUCGAAUGGAUCAAAAUGCUUCAAUUUCUCAACAUGUAGCAAAAGUUGAGAACAUGGCACGUCAGCUCAAAGACCUUGGAGAGGCGGUUUCCAACGUUGCCGUCAUGGCUAAAAUCUUAGGAAGCCUGCCGUCCAAGUACAGUUCUUUAUUGACGGCUUGGCACAGCGUUGCCAGCGAUCAACAGACUCUUGACAAUCUAUACCAACGUCUCUUGAAAGAGGAAUGUCGGUUAGGUAGCAAUGAUGAUGUCACAAAUGCACUUGCUACAAUGACCAUGAAGCAGAAAGCCCCUACAAAAAGUGAUGAUACAAAGAACCAGCAUCAAAGAAAGGACAUCGAAUGCAACUAUUGUCAUAAAAAAGGGCAUAUAAUUAAAAACUUUCGUAAAAGAAUAAGCGCAAACAAUCGGAAAAAUAACGAUUCUGGUGAUGCGAGUGCCCUUCUUGCCGUCGAUUGUAAAGGUAACUCCUGGAUCAGUGAAUAA